CCAUAAUUAAAAGAGAGGGAGAAGAAAGGAAGAAGCGGUAACGAGCGGUUGCCGUGGUUGAAAGAAAACGGAAACGGCUACUGGCAUCUCAAAAAACUGACUACGCAUGAGAAAAGGCUUCAAGUUCGUUAUUUUGAUUAUGAUUAUCUCUUAGACGGAGAGAAGAGGAGAGGAAUGAAUUUUGUUUCUGUGAGAGCUUAGUUUAGGUUCUCAAUUUGGGAUUUCUAGGGUUUUAAUGGGUAGGAUUUUUCUCGUUGAAUUGGAAGGCAGGUCCUACAGAUGCCGCUUCUGUAACAACAAUGUUGCUCUUGCCGAUGACGUCCUCUCUCGAACUUUCAAUUGCAGCCAAGGGAGGGCGUAUCUUUUCAGCAAUGUAGUGAAUAUAACAUCUGGACCCAAGGAGGAGAGGUUGAUGCUUUCUGGUAUGCACAUUGUGGAAGAUAUCUUUUGUUGCAUUUGCGGACAAAUUCUUGGAUGGAAAUAUGUAACUACACACGACAAAUAUCAAAAGUACAAGGAGGGGAAGUUUGUUCUUGAGAGAUGGAGAAUAGUUGAGGAGAUGAUGGAAGACUUAAACGGAGAUGCUCAUCCUGGUUCAAGCGAUAUGGAAAAUCCUUAGUGAGUUUCUGCCAUAUUCUCUCAGAAUAAGGAAAUUGAAGCGUACAUGUCAAAAGUGUUGUAUGUAGAAACAAUUCUAGAGGCUGUAGAACUACUAUUGAAAUGGAUGACCAUAAUCUAUAAUAUCAUAAGCUUAUUCUAGAA